CUUCAAUUCAUUUCAACUCUCAAUUUCUCACUCUAAAAAUUAGGUAUCAUCAUCAAAUUUUUUUCCAUACUAGUUAAAUUUUAAAAUAAAUAUUUGGCUGAAAUAUUCAAAGUCACUGGAAAAAACUAAUUACUUGAAAACUCAUAAGAUGUCGCAAACUUUAGAGAUAACAAUUCUAUCUGCAGAAAAUCUACUAGAGAACAAGAAGGCCAUUAAAGGAAACACAUUCGUCACGGUUCAAUGCGACGGAAGCAAUGACGAAGUGAGUACCACCGGGCUUGAUUCUGAAGGCGGGAGUUACCCUACAUGGAAUGAAAAGUUAGUGAUGGAAGUGCCAAUGCAUGCAAGGUUCGUAACAAUAGAUGUGAGAUACAAAACAAGAGGAACUAGUAGUUGUAGUGUUGGAGUUGCUAGAAUACCUAUUUCUGAUUUCAUUGGAGGAUAUGUGCAUGAAAAUCAAUUGCAGUUUUUGAGUUAUAGGUUGUGGGAUAAUAGAGUUAGGAGAAAUGGUGUUGUAAAUAUUUCAGCUAAGGUAAAAGUCUCCCAACAAAGUUCUUGUUCGAAUUCGAUGUCGUCGUUGGUGAAUGGAGUUCCGGUUACUGGUGUUCCGGUGGCCGGUAAUGGUUCCAACAGAAUUGUAACGGGGAUUCCAGCUGUUUGGUUAAACUACCAAAGUAGCCUUUGAAGAGUUGUUUAUCGUCACCAUGUAUUCAAAAAGAAAGUAUACAUUUUCAUGCAAAAGAGGAGUUUGAGACAUAUUGGAAGGAGUUUCAGGAAGGUCGGGAGAUGGGUGAGGAUAUAACCUUUAUCUGAUGUAUCUUGAGAACCUUGUCUUAGCUAUGGAGUAUGCAAAGUGAGUGGAAAAGAAAAGAGUUACUCUAUUGCACACGACUCUUUUGAAAAUGCUUUGCAAUAGAUGGACUAGUUUUAUCCCACAAGGCCUAUCUCACGAUAGCAAAUCCGUCCUAACUAGAUGCUGGAGGAUGGGAAACUGAUAUCCUUGGGCAUUAGCUGAAUGUGUGACCCUUCUUUUCUUUUUCCUUUUUGUUCUGAUGUGCUUGUAACCGAUGUUCUUGUGUAUUUAAUGAACAAGAAAAUUUCAUAGUUUACUCUUUGUUGUGUGUAUUCCAAUUUUGAUUACUUACCAUUAUUUUUGUCCGUUUCACAUUACUUUAACUCCAUAGUUUGUUUCUCUCGGAGAUAGCUUGUUUUUAGAGAUUAUGCUUGAAUUUUUUCAAGACGUCUUUUGGGAAUCGUAACUGACCAAUGGUUGAUACCCCUUCACUGCCCCCAGGUGAGAAUUUUAUUCGAGGUUAAUGUAAUGUGAAUCACCACUGCCUCUAGAGUGACUAGCUACCAAGAGGGAGUGAGCAUGUACUUGCCACUUUGUGUUUCGUUGUCUUUAUCUGUGCAUUGGCACUCUGGGACCUUGAUUGCUUUAGUCAUACGGUUGUGACGUUUGUGAUAGCACCCCUAAGUCAUUUAUGAUGAGGCUUUGAUUGUUUUUGUCGUAUGCUGGUGGCGUUUGUGACAUUACCCAUUACCCGUGCUACCUUUUAUGAUCACAGGAAAAAGAGAGUUUAGCAAAAAAAUAUUUAUAUUUAUGUAGUAAUUUAAAUUUAACCAAUCAACGUAGCCACUGCUUAUAGGUUGCUCGAGGCAUUGGAAGGGGACGUGGUAGCCGAAUUAGGCUUACAUCCGAAGUAUUCACUUGCAAAUGUUAGACUAGAAUAAUUUGCUUUGUCUACCGGGGGGCUUAAUUUCUAUGUAUCUAAACUUCCUAACAAAUGAGGAGACAUUGAUCUCCCUAGCCUUGUCUUUGUCUUUCUUUUGU